UCAUCACACACUUCAUUGCCAAAGUCAGUGUGAAGUUUUCCGCACAUUUUCCAAUUUAUAUUUGUUUAUUUUGCGGCGAAAAUAUUUUUAUAUAAUUACUUUUCUUUAAAAAUUGACUGUUGAGAACACUCAUUAGUCUAUGCAGUGUCGGAUCGAACUAUUCUAGUUUGUGUUAAGAUUUGUGUUGUGAAUUGAAGUGAACUUUUUAAUUCAACCAAAAUGGCCCAUUCAGGAGCCGUUCCAGGAAAACGCAAGGAAAUCUACAAAUAUGUGGCCCCUUGGCCCCUUUACAGCAUGAACUGGUCAGUCAGGCCGGAUAAGCGGUUUCGAUUAGCCCUGGGCAGUUUCGUUGAAGAGUACAAUAACAAAGUGCAAAUCGUGUCUCUUGAUGAGGAAACCAGCGAGUUUCUGGCCAAAAACACCUUUGAUCACCCUUAUCCGACCACCAAGAUUAUGUGGAUUCCCGACAGCAAGGGAAUAUUUCCUGACCUUCUAGCCACAAGCGGUGACUAUCUAAGGGUGUGGAGGGCGUCUGAUCCUGACACAAGAUUGGAGUGUGUUUUAAAUAAUAACAAAAAUUCCGACUUUUGUGCCCCAUUGACGAGCUUCGACUGGAAUGAAGUUGACCCCAACUUAGUCGGCACAUCUUCUAUUGAUACCACGUGUACAAUAUGGGGACUAGAGACUGGACAGGUAUUGGGUCGAGUAAAUCUGGUCUCAGGCCACGUGAAGACCCAGCUUAUCGCACAUGACAAGGAAGUGUAUGAUAUCGCAUUCUCCAGAGCUGGAGGAGGGAGAGACAUGUUUGCAUCAGUUGGUGCAGAUGGAUCUGUGCGAAUGUUCGAUUUGAGGCACUUGGAACACUCUACUAUAAUAUAUGAGGAUCCUGCACAUACCCCUCUUUUAAGGUUGGCCUGGAAUAAGCAAGAUCCGAACUAUUUAGCCACCAUUGCUAUGGAUUCAUGUGAAGUGAUUAUACUCGACGUGAGAGUGCCGUGUACCCCCGUGGCUCGACUCAACAAUCACCGGGCUUGUGUGAAUGGAAUCGCCUGGGCGCCGCACUCAAGUUGCCACAUUUGCACCGCAGGCGAUGACCAUCAGGCCCUAAUAUGGGAUAUCCAGCAAAUGCCCCGCGCUAUUGAAGAUCCGAUUUUGGCUUACACUGCAGCUGAGGGCGAAGUCAACCAGAUUCAAUGGGGCGCCACUCAACCAGACUGGAUAGCGAUUUGCUAUAAUAAAUCGCUGGAGAUUUUGCGGGUCUAAUGCAACUUGCUGCGUGUGCAAUUCAUCGGGGAUUUUACCUCUCUUUUAUUGAGUUGACAUUUUGUUUAAGGAAAACUGAUUUUUUAGAGAGUAGGUUGCAAUAUUCACUUUCUUAAACGGCGCUAGUUUCUAGUUUAUUAUCAUGUCAAAUCUUCCUCAAGUGUGUCUUCUAACUGAAAUUAGAGGUUUCCUACAAAGAACUUCUACAGUGUUGACCCACACUUGGGGCCCAGAUUUAAUUAUUUUGCCCUCCAACUCCUAAUUUAUACUACCAAUGGGUAGAUUUUGAAAUCAGAUACAGUCGCUGGUUUUGUUUUACUUUAUGUGAUAAUUUGUUUUUAGGAAAUUUUCAGACUGCAUAAAGUGCAAGCUCUUAUGUAGAGUUAACUUCGAAUGAGAUUUUGAUAUCAUUGUGUAUAUAAACUCUGAUUAAUUUAUAUUUUUUCUGAGUGUAACAGGAAAUUUUCUCUCGUAUCCAAUGUUGAGUUAGGUUUUUUAAUAUAAUUGUGUACAUAUUUUAUUA